AGUCCGGAUAAGACUUUGCCACUGGAGUGAAGACGCACAACGACUAGUCGGUUUUUAACAAUGUGUUCAACGAGUCAAAAACGGAGAGUGUUUUAAUUUUGUUUUGUAAUAGACGAAGCGCAUACCUGUUCAAAAAUCAGUCGAAGUAGCUUCCAUUUUUUUCAGCGUUUUUGUGUGCAGCCUGCCAAUAAAACCACAGAGCUCACUCCGCGAGCGGUUUGAGCUUUUGGACGUUUUACUUGUACUACUCUCACCAUGGAGUACACCUCUUCCCCGAAGCCACAGCUCUCCUCCAGGGCAAACGCGUUCUCGAUAGCCGCUAUCAUGUCAAGUGGAAAAACGAAGGACAAGGAAACUGAUGAAAACACCAUCAAGCCACUUGAACAAUUCGUGGAGAAGUCCUCCUGUAACCAAGGUUUGGGAGAGCUGUCUUCUCUAGAUGGGCUCGGAGAUUUCAGCGGGAGCGCGCCUCCAGUGUGCACAGAGCCGCUGAUCCCCACCACCCCCAGUGUUCCCAGCGAGGAGAUGGCCAAAAUCUCCUGCAGUUUAGAGACCAAGGAACUCUGGGACAAAUUCCAUGAUCUCGGCACUGAGAUGAUCAUCACUAAAUCCGGAAGAAGAAUGUUCCCCACCAUCCGUGUGUCCUUCUCGGGGGUGGACCCGGACGCCAAAUACAUCGUGCUGAUGGACAUUGUUCCGGUCGACAACAAACGCUACCGAUACGCCUACCACAGGUCGUCCUGGCUCGUGGCGGGCAAGGCGGACCCCCCUCUGCCUGCACGGUUAUACGUGCACCCUGACUCUCCUUUCACUGGGGAACAGCUCCUCAAACAAAUGGUGUCUUUCGAGAAAGUAAAGCUCACCAACAACGAACUGGAUCAACAUGGACACAUCAUACUAAACUCCAUGCAUAAGUACCAGCCCCGGGUCCACAUCAUCAAGAAGAAGGACCACACCGCCUCCCUUCUCAACCUCAAGUCAGAGGAGUUCCGCACCUUCGUUUUCACAGAGACUGUCUUUACCGCGGUCACAGCCUACCAGAACCAGCUGGAUAUUURCAUAUUUUGGUGUGAAUGUACCAGUAUGUUUAAGAGUGAACAUAGAGAUAUAUUUUGGGCCUUUCUCUUUGGUUUUUGCUGCAGGGAAAGUGUUGAGAGUUUGAUCCACAAGCACUCGUACGCACGGUCGCCCAUACGCACCUACGCAGGUGAGGAGGAGACACUGGGGGAUGACGGCCACGCCGCACACAGGGGUUCUGCGUUCACCGCCUCUGACAACCUCUCCCUGAGCUCCUGGGUCACCGCCACCUCUGGUUUCUCAGGCUUCCAGCACCCCCAGUCCCUCUCUGCCAUGGGCUCCAGCAGCGCCUCCAUGGCCAACCCCUUGCCCCACCCCAUGCAGGGCUCCCUGCCCCCCUACAGCCGGCUGGGCAUGCCCCUGACGCACUCAGCCCUGGCAGGCACCAUGCAGGGCAGCGGGCCCUCCUUCCCCUCCUUCCACAUGCCCCGCUACCACCACUACUUCCAGCAGGGCCCCUACGCUGCCAUCCAGGGACUGCGCCACUCCUCCACCGUCAUGACCCCCUUUGUAUGACUCCCUCUGGGGUGACUGCCUGGCCGAGUAGCCCCUCAUCAGCUACAACUAAGCUUAUAGACACACUUCCACACACAAGUAGAUAGACUCACCGAUUUGUCCGCCUCAGCAUCAUCACCCAUCGUCACCACCGUGUCCUUGUAAAUAAUAAGCCCRCUGGCCGAGGCGACUGACUGGACGACCUGGAGAGGCUGCCUGGCUGCUGUCCUGCAUGCUGACAGCUGAACCGGAGAGGAAACAGACUCCUACGGGACCUGGUGAAACAGACACAAGACCCACAGACUGAUAUGAACACUAGAUAUGAAACACUAUUGACCUGCAUAUGAACAUUUACGACCCAGAUAUGAAAACUGAUGAUCCAGGUAUAAAAAAAAA